ACUAUUUCCGGUAAAAAAUGGCAGACGGUACACAGAGAGUUCUAGCAAAAUGUCAAAAAUGCAUAGAUUCUGGAGAUUAUUACGAAGCCCAUCAAAUGUUUCGAACCCUUUAUUUCAGGUAUAGCACAGCUAAAAAAUAUGCUGAGGCAAUAGAUCUGCUGUAUAAUGGUGCAUUAACCCUCCUUAAGCACAAACAGUAUGAAAGUGGUUCUGACCUGGCUCUUCUCAUGGUGGAUGUCUUGAAUACUGCUAAGGAGCCUGUCACAGAAGGUCACACAGACAAGGUGGUAGAGCUGCUGCGUGUGAUGGAGGAUCCUAACCUGGACCGACACCAGUACCUGAACUCUGCCCUCCGCUGGACCAUCAAUGUGGAGCCACGCUGCAAGGCUGGACAUCCCGAGCUCCACAAGAAGUGUGGACUGCUCUUCUGGCAAGAGAAAAAUUAUAUUCAGGCCAGAUAUCAUUAUCUUCAUUCCUCUGAUGGCAACAACCUGGCAGCAAUGUUGAUAGAAUACCACACUACUCUUGGAUAUCCUUCUGAAGCAGAUCUUUUCAUUGCUCAAACAGUUCUGCAAUUUUUGUGCCUACAAAAUAAAGACACAGCGAUGGUUGUAUUCACAGUCUACACAAAGCAACACCCUGAUGUAGAGCGCGGCCCUCCAUACAUACAGCCUCUCCUUAACUUUAUUUGGUUUCUUCUCUUAGCUCUAGAAAGUGGUAAGCUAGCUGUGUUUGUAGUUCUAUGUGAAAAAUACCAGACUUCUAUAAGCAGAGACCCUUCAUAUAGAGAGUACUUAGACAAGAUUGGCCAGAUAUUUUUCGGAGUACCGCCUCCCAAGUCUCAGUCUCAGGGUGGUUUUCUUGGCAACUUGAUACACAGUCUAUUAGGGGAAGAUGGGGACAACAUGAGCCCUUCAGGGACCACCAGCCACACCCCUGUUCUCACGCCCCACACUCCCAGCACUGAGCAAAAGAGCAUGACCCCAGUGGAGUUGGACUAGGAAGGCAGCAAGCAAAAUAGAAGCAAUUAUUGUUUGCUAUUUAUAUCUGCUAAAAUUUUGAUUUACUUACUAAAAAAUGCUUAAAAUAUCAAGGUUUUUGACUUUAAUAAAUAUCCACAGAAAAACACUAUUUUUUAUGGCAAAAUAUCUCGUUACUUUUUAGCUCGACUAUUAUAUAUAAAAUAUAUAUUGUGGAGCUAUCCUACUCGACCCGGCGUCUGCGUUAGCGUUAGCGUGCAAAUGUUUAAGUUUUCGUACUACCCCAAAUAUUUUCUUUGUCCCUUGACAUAUUGCUUUCAUAUUUUGCAGACUUGAUUACCAACAUGACCCCAACCUAUAAACAAGAGCAGACAACUCUAUCAAGCAUUUUGUCAUAAUUAUGGCCUCUUUUCCACUUAGAAUAUGCAGCAAAUGUCAAUGUUUUCGUACUACCCCAAUUAUUUUGAUUGUCCCUUGACAUAUUGCUUUCAUAUUUUGCAUACUUGUUUACCAACAUCACCCCCAACCUAUAAACAAGAGCAGACAACUCUAUCAAGCAUUUUGUCAUAAUUAUUGCCCCUUUUAUACUUAGAAUAUGCAUAUUAUUGAUACCGGUAAAUCUAUGUAAAAGUUUGCGUACCACCCUAAAUAUUUCCUAUAUCCUUUGACAUAUUGCUUUUAUAUGUUGCAUAUACUUGUUUACCAACAUGACCCCAACCUAUAAACAACAGCAGACUACUGUAUCAAGCAUUUUGACAUAAUUAUGGCCCCUUUUACAAUUGAACAAAAUUGCAUUAACUUCUUUAUUAAUGAUCACAUUUUAUUAUUGCAUUGACAAAACAACACUUACCUGAAUACCACAAUGGAUUCCUCCCAAACAAUACCCCCCGCCCCUACCCAGAAUCCCUUCCCCCCCCCAA